AUGUUUGGUGAGAUACAUUAUUGGCUUAUAUUAGGCCCGGAGCUCGAGUACCUCCUCAGACUCGUGGACGAUCGUACGUUCGGACUUUCGACUGAAUUUGUGAUUGCAGUGAUAUCUGACGGUAAGGAUUAUCAGCUGUAUGACGUCUAUAAUAUACAGAAAGAUCGUGGCACGACGCUUAAUAUUACAUUACUGGGUAAAUGGAACGAGAUAAGUGGAUUGAACAUUAGUUUGAAACAGACUAAAUUCGUAAGAAGAUCGAAUAUGCAUCGUUUUAUUUUAAGAGCCAUGUUUUUUAAGUGUACAUAUAAACCCAGCCAUAUCCCGUUAGAUGAUUAUCUGUCUGAUUAUGCAAAUGCAACCAAGGAUGCACGAUUCAAAUUUGGAUUUCAGAUUUUAAGGAGUUUCGCAGAUUUGUACAAUUUCUCCUUGAAAGCUUUGGAGUCUUCAGCAUGGGAACAAGGCGAUACAUUGGGCCCAAUAGCGAGAGCUCUGGAGAGAAAUGCAUGUGACAUUACAGGUACUCCUUUAAAUGUAAAUGCCGAGAGAACUCGGAUCAUAAAAUUCGUACACGAAGAUUGGCGAUUCAGAACGUUUUUUAUAUUUCGUAAUCCCCAAUUUAACGAGGUAAAAGCAGAGGUAAUAUUUCGAUCCUUUGAUAAUGAAGUUUGGUACUUUAUACUUCUUCUUAUAGUAAUAGGCAUAGUAAUUUAUGCUAUAAUUUUACAAUUUGAAACAGAAGAUAAUACUAUUAGCUCGUAUUCGAACUCAUCUUUAACAAUAAUUGGCGCAUUAUGCCAGCAAGGCACAUAUAUGCAAAUGAUGCAUUUAUCGACACGUAUUGUUUUUUUCUUCAUAAUGAUGUUCAGUCUACUUAUAAGUAAUUACUACUCAGCUUGUAUUGUUUCAACUCGCUUGGCACAACCAAUUUACAAGAUUAACGAUUCUUUAAACGAACUUACCAAACUACAUUUAAAAAUGUCGUCCGAGUGGAUGGUCUACAUACAAUUUUUUUUCAAUAUUCAAAACUGGGAAAUACAACAAUUUUAUCACAAUUAUUGGCUAAAAUUACCAGAGUCACUUCGUUAUAUGGAACCUGAAACUGGCAUUCGACUCGUUCAAAAAGGUGGUUUCGCUUAUCAUACUCAUCCAGAUAUCAGCUAUCCAUACAUUGAAAAACUAUUGGACAAUCGCGAGAUCUGUGAGUUAAAUGAGGUACAUCUUGGUUGGCCAACUAACACAGCCUUUGGUGUGACCUAUAAUAGUUCAUUUCAAGAACUAUCAAGAAUCGGAUUAACCAAAAUUGCAGAGAUUGGCAUACGACAUCGAGAAACUGUUAGAUGGCAAUUUAGGAAACCAUACUGCCGUAAAGAUUUGUUAAGCGCAUCUAGUAUCACGAUUUAUGAAUUCGCACCAUAUCUGAUUAUUUUGUUGAUGGGAAUGUUAUUGGCAAUCAUUGCUUUCAUGAUUGAAUUAUUCAUUGCUAAUCGGAAUUAG